CCUAGAAGGUCGGACGUCGUCUUGUUUUUCCGAUUCCGCGCGCACUUUUCUGCCGAGAGAGAGCGAGAGAGAGAGAGAGAUGAAGAUCGUUGCAGCUUACUUGCUCGCCGUAUUGGGCGGAAAUGCCAACCCAUCAGUCGGCGAUCUAAAGUCCAUCCUUGGUUCAGUUGGUGCAGAAGCUGAAGACGAUAGAAUAGAUUUUCUAUUGAGUGAAGUGAAAGGCCAUGAUAUAACUGAACUUAUAGCUUCUGGAAGGGAAAAGUUUGCUUCUGUCCCAUCAGGUGGUGGUGUUGCUGUUGCAGUGACUUCUAGUGGUGGUGGUGGUGGAGCAGCUGCAACUCCUGCAGCUGCAGAGCCAAAGAAGGAAGAGAAGGUUGAAGAGAAAGAGGAAUCCGAUGAGGAUAUGGGCUUCAGCUUGUUUGACUAGGUUGCUUCCUUGAUAAUUUGAAGGAAAAGCUAAAAGAUUGGGAUCAGAUGUUCCUGCGAGUUUAAUUGUUAACUAAUGGAAGCUUGAGUUUGCUUUUUCUUCGUUUUCUUUUUCUCCCUUUCCUCCAUUUUUUUUUCUGUUGAGCAGCUUUGAGGCACUGAUGAAAGAUUGAAUACUGCAGUGUUUCUAAUCCAAUUUUUUUAGCCUUCUUUCGAAA